GCCCCCGGUGGUCGGACCGUCCCACCGCCCGCACAGCUGCGCUCUCAAGUUCAGAAACCGCAGCAGUGUUCGGUAGUUCAGAGCCCGUUGUUGUUCUGUGGACGUAAACUCCGACUGAGAACUUCACCGCAGCUUUAACUUUCUUCUUCUGGCCUCCAGCGGUGAAACUUUCUUCAUCCGGAGUGUUUUUGUUGAUGGAGGCUCGGACCGACAUGGGCUCUGCCGGUGGGAGACCCGCCAGCGGCUUCUCCUCCCUCUGAAUGCGGCUUAUUUCUCGGCUGGAGACCUGUUGGAUGUAGCCGGACUGGGCCUUUUCCUUCCCGGAGGUCACCAUCCUAGAAUGAACAUUUUCCCACUGGAGUUUCGGUGAACUUUUUCUCGCCAUGUCGGGAGUGGUCCGCACCCUGAGCCGCUGCCUGCUCCCGGCCGAGGCCAGCCGGGACGCGGGCGGCAGCAAGGAGGGCGGCCGGGAGAGGGACGCGGCGCAGGAGCGGGAGGCGCGGCGUAGGAGCCGGGAGAUAGACGCGAUGCUGGCCCGGGAGAGGAGAGCCGUGCGGCGGCUGGUGAAGAUCCUCCUGCUCGGGGCCGGAGAGAGCGGAAAGUCCACAUUCCUGAAGCAGAUGCGGAUCAUUAACGGGCAGGAGUUUGAUCAGAAAGCUCUGCUGGAUUUCCGGGACACAAUCUAUGAGAAUGUACUGAAGGGCAUGCGUGUGCUGGUGGACGCCCGGGACAAACUGGGCAUUACGUGGCAGAGCUGCGAGAACGAGAAGCAGGGCAUGCUGGUGAUGUCAUGGGAGGGACGCGUGGGCGCCUCAGGGGUCGAGCCCAUUGAGUUCCAGCUGUACGUGAUGGCGUUGAGCGCGCUGUGGGCCGACGCCGGCAUUCAGGAGGCCUACGCUCGACGCUCCGAGUUCCAGCUGAGUGAGUCGGUCAAAUACUUCUUGGAUAACUUGGAUCGGAUCGGGCAACUGAACUAUAUUCCAAGCAAGCAAGACAUUUUGUUUGCGAGGAAGGCGACUAAAGGGAUUGUCGAGCAUGACUUUGUCAUCAAAAAGAUUCCCUUCAAGAUGGUGGACGUUGGAGGCCAAAGGUCCCAGAGGCAGAAGUGGUUCCAGUGUUUCGACGGCAUCACAUCGAUACUGUUCAUGGUGUCUUCAUCAGAGUACGACCAGGUGUUGAUGGAGGAUCGCAGGACAAACCGUCUGGUGGAGAGCAUGAACAUUUUUGAGACCAUCGUCAACAACAAGCUCUUUCUGAACGUGUCCAUCAUCCUCUUCCUCAACAAAACAGACCUGCUGGUGGAAAAGAUUCGCACAGUGGACAUCCGCAAGAACUUUCCCGAGUUCAGAGGAGACCCUCGCAGGCUAGAGGACGUACAGGCCUUUCUGGUGCAGUCAUUUAGUCGGAAGAGGAGAAACCGGGGGAAGCCACUUUUCCACCACUUCACCACAGCGGUAGACACAGAAAACAUCCGCUUCGUCUUUCAUGCCGUGAAGGACACUAUCCUGCAGGAAAACCUCAAAGACAUCAUGUUGCAGUGACCUUGGUGCCACAGACCAACAGCUUCUUUGACUCUAACUGUAAGACCAGCCAUGAAUCCAGGCCUGGAGGACUUCUGAGAAGGUCUGACACUGCAGCCUGUGAGCUGAUAUUAACACUGACCUGUGGAACAGUCAGUGGAGCCAUUCAGUGCAGAUCUAACUGAACUCUUAACCUGUGGAGCCGUGAAGUGACUGUAGACCCGUGGACCUGUGGAAACCCUGCGUUUAGCCUGUAUAAAUGUGUGAAUGCUGGAAAUACAGUCAGCUGCUCCUCCUCACACAGGCUCAGAAAUGUAUAAACAUGUAGAGGAAAGCACCAACUACAUGACAUGAGAGCACUGAAAGUGUUUUUUUUUUCUCUUGUGUACAUAAGACUAAUGACAACCGUGUCACUAAACUGAGUCACACUGCUGCCUGUCAAAAUGAGAAGCUGGCAGGAAAGAGUGCAAAGGCAGGAAGAAAGGCAGAAGAUUUAGAACGAGUUGAAAAAUGCCUUGUCUUAAAGUCCACGUGACGGAGGGAGAGGGGUGAGGGUUUGGGCCCUCGCUGGUCAUAUGCUGUGUUAUGUGAUAAGGUUGCACAAGUGUUCCUGUCAAUGAACUUUAACAGAGGAAGAGAAGAAGCCCUUUUUUACACUCCCUGUCCUCUCCUGUGCUGUCUCUUUCUCCUCCUUCUUCUUCUUCCUCUAGUGUUUAUUCUCAUGUUCCUGCCAUCGCACAAGACAUGAACAUCUGCAGACAAGUCUUAUCCCAUCCGACUCCUCACAAUAGUCGGAUUGUUCGUCUGCUGCAGAAUCAGUAGACAUCAAAUGAGCAGUUUAAAGAAAAACCCGCAGCUCCUGGUCUUAUAUGAAUUACAGCUCAUCUCUAUCUUUAGACCUUUCUUCCUUUUUCCACUCUUCCCUCCAGAACCCCAGUAGAUGCACCACAACAACAAGACGCAACCUGAGGCAUACUGUGUAUUUACAAGAAGGCUUUGGUGUGUGGUUACACUGCAUGUUCCUGUCGUUUUGUCCCGUAAGCAUGAAGGGAACAGCAGAACAGACAGGGCUGAACUGUAAAUGACCUUUUCCCCGUGUUUCUGGCAGCCAUGUUGGACUUCUGUAGCAGUCGGGUGGAAAGCUUUACUCGGCAAAACGGCAAAACAAAAACAAGGAAUAUGAACAAGCCAGACUGAACACAACCACAAAGAAGUUAGGACGUCCUGGAAAGAACCGUGUAGUUUAACACCACAAUGAAAACAGCAAAGUCCUGUAAGGAAACUGCCCCAUUUACAGCCAAAUUACUGCUCAUGCAUUACCUGUCCAUUAUUGAAAAUAAGAUUUUCUCUUUAUUUUGUUUGUCUGAAGACAUUUCUAACUUUCAGCAUUCUGCCUAAAAAACUCAAAAUUUGCUGUGUCCAGCUUCUCUAUUCUGUUUGCAAAUUAAAUAUGUUUAACUUUUCAACUAAGAACCAGUACUUCAAAGAUUUUUGCCAUUUUAAAACUGCACUGGUCGAUAUAUUUUGUAUUAACAGCAGAAUAUAAUACCAUAAUACAAUGGUUUUAGUGUGUUUCAGGUCAUGUUUUUGUAUUAUAAUCUGCAACUCUGCCAGUUUGGUACAUCUUUCUCAUAGCCUUGUUUAAAGCUGCUUCCAGCACAAAAGCCCCAAAAACCAACUAUUUACCCAAUACCAAACUGCGGACAGACAAAUUAGCUUAGAGACCACAGCUGCAAAUUAGCAUGAUGCUAUAAACUGAUUGUUGUCCAGAAAAUAGUGCCAUUUGAGCCAUUUAAAAAAAAUAAUUACAUUUUUUAAAAAUAAUGGUGUAUUAGACAUUUGCUAUUUGGGAUUGAUUCUCACCUUCUCCACAGCUGGAAUGGUUUGAGUGUCUUUCAGGUUGUUGUUUUUGUUUUAUAGUCUGUAAUUUGACCUGUUCGGUUCAUCACUCUCAUAGUCUUGUUUCCAGUUGUUUUCAGCAUCACAGCCCCAAAAAACAAGUAUUUGCCCAACAUCAGACAAAUUUAGCAACUAGUUGGUUAGCUUAUCGAUCACAGGUGCUAAAUGGUGCUAGAUGAAGCUAUAAACUACUAUUGUCAAGAAAAUAGCAACAUUUGAGCCUUUUUAAUAAAUCACUUUUUUAAAAUAAUGGCAUAUUUAGGAGCUAAAGAGCCAGAUAUUUACUGAAGAGUUGGUGGAGACCAAAAGCGGAGCUGAAAGAGAGUGAAUAUCAGAUUAACAUAGAUGUAAAUUAAUAAAAAUGGUCCAACACAUUUGUAAACUUUACUAUAUGAUCAUGUUUGCAGCUGGUGGCCAAAAAAGAAACCAAUAAUUAACAGAUUAGUUGCUAUUUGCAGCCCUGUUUAUGUCUGCUCUUCCAGUGAGAAUUAAUGUAGCAGAAAUAAAAAGACCGUCGCUAUGGUUUUCUUGCAGUUUACCAUCCUCUGUGCACUGAUUUACAACUGUGGUUACACUGCUGACCAGAACUACGUCUGAGUGUUUUCUGUUAUGUGAUUUUAAUGGAUACCUGCCAGCCAACCAGAAGCAUCCACUAAUACCAUGCACUUUCCAAAAAAUCAUUUGCUUCCUUAUAUGUUCUUGAGUGGAGAAAUGAAUCAGAGCGGAGUGAAACGAAAACGUUGAUUUGAUUCUAAACAUUUUGCCUGAUUUGCAUUUUGGUACGCAGCAGCAGCUCUUCCCACCCUGAGUUUUAAGUCCACAUGGCCUCGAGGGGAAUGAGGCGAACCAUGAACAUUUCCACACGCCUUCAUAAGUCUGUAUUUAACCGUGUUAUUUGUAUGUGCUCAUCAUGACACGCUGAGCUUCCUGUAUAUAGAAUACUGUAAGUAUUUGACUGACACUGUGUGUACACUUUACACUACCAACACCACUCUAACAGUAUCACUGUAACUGUAACUGGUAUGUUGCUGUAAUGUCGUCGACUAACCUACUUUUUCCACUCACACAAAUUUUUUUUAUUAUUAUUUGUAAAGUCUCGUCAUUGCACUGGAUGGAAAACGUCUGGGGGAAGAAGAAGGCAGCGAAACAAAUAAACAGACUUUGAAAAGCGACCAGAGGAUGAAGAGAGGGAGGUCUUCUGCUUUUUGUUCUUUUGUUUCGCGGUGCCUCAGCUCUGUGCUCUGUGGUGAAAUACACUGCCGUUUGCUGA